AUGGUUAUGAAAAAACUCUCCCCAGACAUUAAAAUUCAUAAUUCUGUAUCUCUGAUGAGUUAUCUUAUCGAAUAUAGAAGAUAUUAA